GCCCGCAUGGGGGCCCCUGACAUUUUUUACCAGUACAUCUGAGCUCUUGUAGAUCCAAUUUUUAGUGGUGGAAACAUUACUUGAGGAGGACUCAGAGAAGCAUUGUCAUUUGGAUUGAAACUGAAGAGGCUCUGGGCAACUCACCAGAAGUCUAAGGGACACUCUGUUCCUAAAAAGUCUAAAUAACUAGAUAGUUCAAGUACCUGAAGUUUUCUACAUUGUGCUUUUGUGAGAGAAACAAUGAUAAAUGUCAAACUGACAGGAAAAAUUUAAAAAAGGAAAAGCUACAGUGACAAAUUAUUAUCAAAGAUCCACAUUCUUUGAAGUUAUUGUGAAUGCCUCGAGGACCAAGGAACCGUUGAAAUUUCCAAUUUCAGGAAGAUGGAGAAAGCAACAGUACAAAAUGUAAUAAAGGAAGUUGUCAGACCCUCAUUUGUCAUGGAAGGAGGACAUUCAGAAAACCCUGAUACCUCAGGAGACCAAAUGAUGACUACACCUCAAUUGCGUUUUACAUCUUGGAGUGACUCUCAAUUUAGGAAGCCUCGACCUGUCUCCCAGUUGGUGGCACAGCAGGUUACUCAGCAGUUUGUGCCCCCUACACAGUCAAAGAAAGAGAAAAAAGAGAAAGUAGAAAAAGAAAAAAGUGAAAAGGAAACAACUAGCAAAAAGAACAGUCAUAAGAAAACCAGGCCAAGAUUGAAAAAUGUGGAUCGGAGUAGUGCUCAGCAUUUGGAAGUUACCGUUGGAGAUCUGACAGUCAUUAUUACAGACUUUAAGGAGAAAACAAAGUCACCGCCUGCAUCUAGUGCUGCCUCUGCAGAUCAACACAGUCAGAGUGGCUCUAGCUCUGAUAACACAGAGAGGGGAAUGUCCAGGUCAUCUUCACCCAGAGGAGAAGCCUCAUCAUUGAAUGGAGAAUCCCAUUAAAGUUUACUUUCUCCAAUUUCUUAGUCACUUCUCUCAUGCCAUGCAAAUACACAGAUUAUGCCAAGAAGUACCACAUUUUCAUGACAAACAUAUUCAUGCACAAUCCAUAAUUUGCGUUUUACAUGAAAUAGAAAUUUAUUAGAAUUUGUUAGAUUUUAUUGCAGUCUACCAAACAUUUCCAGACUCAACAUUUUGGUCUUCACAGUUAAAGGUGCCAUGAAAAUGUGGUUGAAUUAUUCAUUAUGCAGUGUUAUUGGUAAGUCUAUUUUCACUUUUAGUUUAGUGAAUUCUAACACAUAAUUCUUGAAUUCUCUACUAUUGGCAUGUAACGAAUUAAAAUUUUUAUAACAUAGUGCAAGCUGCCUAAAUAUGUAUUAUUUGAGAAUUGUGAAACAAAUAGUUAUAUGUAUACAAGUCAAAGAUCAACUUAAUCAACUAUUGCUGCAACAGGAUUUUCUUAAUGGUUAUCCUCUUAAAUACACCUGCUGGUACUUGGUGUGGCUAAAUAGGAAAAUUGUUAUUAAAUAAAGAAUUUGUAUGAACCAUUGCCAAUGUUUUUGACACAUUUUACUAAAUUAUUGUUUCUGAAUUAUGUUUCUGGUUUUAUCUGUUUUUUUGCUUAUCUUUCAAAACAUUCAUUUAUUGUCAUGUUUACUAGCAGACUAGUAAACAAUAAAACUGAUUAUUUAGCUUUAUAAUUCAGGUUUAGUGCUAUUGUCAUUGAACACUGGUAUUUUCUGUAUUAUAUAAAAUGUUAAAAUUCAAAUAAUUAUAAGCAUUCGGCAAAAAACGGAAGAGAAAAGAAAUCUGCCAUAUUUUAAAAGCUGCAAUUUUGGAAAAGCUUUAACUUAAUAGUUUUAUCACUGUUUCCUUGCCCCAAACUUACCCAGGGUCAUAGAAGUAUGAAUCUAAUUAAUACAGAAAUGGGAACUGUUGCACAGAACUGGAAAAUAACUAAUCUUAAAUCAGUUUAAUUGGCCUCCUAUUAAAUAUAACAAUUCCUAUAAAAUCAUAGUGCCCUAUUUUCAGACACAACUGCAGUUUAUGCAUUUAUCAGUAUCCUGAAAUAAAAAAGUAUUUACAGCCCCACUUACUAUUAUGUAAAAUUACCAAUAAAAUAUUUUUAUGA